AUGGCAUCGCCUGCACAUGAAAAAUAUGCUUUCGUUACAGGCGGAGGCUCUGGCAUCAACCUAUGCUUUGUUCGCGUACUGCUCGAGAAUAGAUGCUCGGUUCUCAUAGCAGAUCUUAAGCUUCGAUCCGAAGCCCAACAACUCAUGGAACAACACCCAUUUACGGGCGACAAUGACAAAGCUGGAGUACUAUUCCAAGAGACGGACGUUGCAUCCUGGCCUCAGCUGACAACUGCAUGGAGAAUAGCCUUGGAGAAGUUUUCCAGGGUUGAUAUCGUCGUCGCCGGAGCGGGAAUAUUUGAACCUCAAUGGUCUUCGUUCUGGGAAGCUCCGAAGACGGAGAGUAACCAAGACAGUGUUUCUCGGGAUGAUGCUGAUGCUGAUCCCGGACACUAUGCUGUUCUGGACGUGAACUUGGUGUCUCCCAUUCGGCUCAGUCAACUUGCUAUUGGAUACUGGACAAAUACAAAGCACAAGGGAUGUCUCAUACAUGUCGGCAGCAUAGCCGGAUAUGCAGCGGCCAUCACAACGCCUUUGUACUUUGCCAGUAAGCACGGCUUGCACGGGUUUGUGAGAUCGCUAGGAGGACUUCGGGAUGAACUUGGCAUCCGCGUUGGAUGUGUAGCUCCGGGAGCUGCAGCGACUCCUAUAUGGAGCGAAGACCCAACCAAAGCCAUCAUGCUAGAAGAGGAUACAGUGCUCAUCAGUCCCGAGGAAGUGGCACAAGGCAUGUGGAGACUUGUUGUUGACCCGGAACUUGGCAACGGUACCAUCCUUGAAGUGACAAAGGGUGCAACAAGAGUUGUACCUCUCUAUAAUGUACCAGCUCCUACUGGAGAAGGCAUCAUGGUACCCGGCUACGCAGCUUCCACCGCACAGAUAUAUCAGAAGCUCAGAGAUGGCGGUUUGAAUGUAUAA